AUGUUCCAGUUCCUGGCUCGGGCUGGUCUGGGUAUGGCCGGGCCAGGGGCCUCGCUGCAUUUCUGGGGGUGGCUGUUGCUCGGCUGCUGCAUUCUCGCCGGAGCCCAGCUGGAUUCUGAUGGCACCAUCACUAUAGAGGAGCAGAUUGUCCUUGUGCUGAAAGCUAAAGUACAGUGUGAACUCAACAUCACAGCCCAGCUCCAGGAAGGAGAAGGAAACUGUUUCCCAGAAUGGGAUGGACUCAUUUGUUGGCCUAGAGGAACGGUGGGGAAAAUGUUGGCUGUCCCAUGUCCUCCUUAUAUUUACGACUUCAAUCAUAAAGGAGUUGCUUUCCGACACUGUAACCCCAAUGGAACAUGGGAUUUUAUGCACAGUUUAAAUAAAACAUGGUCUAAUUAUUCAGACUGCCUUCGCUUUCUGCAACCAGAUAUCAACAUAGGAAAGCAAGAGUUCUUUGAACGCCUCUAUGUCAUGUACACUGUCGGAUACUCUGUCUCCUUUGCAUCCCUGGCCGUGGCAAUUCUCAUCAUUGGUUACUUCAGACGACUGCAUUGUACUAGGAACUAUAUCCACAUGCAUUUAUUUGUGUCUUUCAUGCUGAGAGCUGCGAGCAUCUUUGUCAAGGACAGAGUGGUCCAUGCUCACAUAGGAGUAAAGGAGCUGCGGUCCCUGAUACUGCAGGAUGACCUACAAAGCUCCAUAGAAGUGCCUGCUGUGGACAAAUCACAAUAUAUUGGGUGCAAGAUGGCUGUUGUGAUGUUUAUUUACUUCUUGGCUACAAACUACUAUUGGAUUUUGGUGGAAGGUCUCUAUCUGCAUAGUUUAAUCUUUGUGGCAUUCUUUUCGGACACCAAGUACCUGUGGGGCUUCACCUUGAUAGGCUGGGGGUUCCCAGCGGCUUUUGUGACAGUCUGGGCUAUAGCACGAGCAACUCUGGCUGAUGCAAGAUGCUGGGAACUUAGUGCUGGAGACAUCAAGUGGAUUUACCAAGCCCCAAUAUUAGCCGCUAUCGGGCUGAAUUUUAUCCUGUUUCUGAAUACCGUUAGAGUUCUGGCUACUAAAAUCUGGGAGACCAAUGUGGUUGGGCAUGACACAAGAAAACAAUACAGGAAACUUGCCAAAUCCACACUGGUGCUGGUGCUGGUCUUUGGUGUGCAUUACAUCGUGUUCGUGUGUCUGCCCCAUUCCUUUGCGGGGCUGGGGUGGGAGAUUCGGAUGCACUGUGAGCUGUUUUUCAACUCCUUUCAGGGUUUCUUUGUGUCUAUCAUCUACUGCUAUUGCAAUGGAGAGGUUCAGUCUGAGGUGAAGAAGUUGUGGAGUCGGUGGAAUCUCUCCGCGGACUGGAAAAGGACGCCCCCGUGCGGCGGCCACAGAUACGGCUCCGUGCUCACCACGUUGACGCACAGCACCAGCAGUCAGUCGCAGAUGGCGGCCAGCACGCGCGUGGUGCUCAUCUCAGGCAAAGCAGCCAAACAAGCCAGCCGACAGCCCGACAGCCACGUGACUUUACCUGGCUACGUCUGGAGUAACUCGGAGCAGGACUGCCUACCACAAUUGAUCCAUGAAGAGACCAAGGAAAGUGGCGGGAGGCGGGGAGAUGAGAUUCUAAUGGAGGAGUCUUCCAGGCCAUUAGAAUUUAACACAGGCCUGGAAGGAAGCAAAGGAGAAACCGAGGAUGCUCUGUGA